CAAUUCAUUGAUAUAAAUAUCAUAUAUGACACUUGGUCCAAAGGCCUUGAGUUGGAGAAGAGGAUACCAAAAACACCAUGAAUUUCUCUCGAACAAUUCUGUUAAACCAAACUCUGCUCCAUAAGUCCUUAUUGGGUUCUCAUUCCCAAUCCUUAAAUAUCAGACAUUUCUCUUCUCUUAAAGAAAUUUGCCACCAUUCUCAAAGUGUCCACCACCUGUUUGAUAAAAGUCCAAGAAGAGACCUUUCAGAUUACAAUCACUUGCUUUUCGAUUAUUCCCGCGGUAAUCGGAACAAGGAAGCACUUAAUCUCUUUGUUGGUCUUCAUAGUUGUGAUUUUCCAAUAGAUGAGUCCACUCUUUCUUGUGUAUUAAAAGUUUGUCAUUGCUUGUUUGAUCAAGUUGGUGGUAAACAGGUUCAUUGUGAGUCUAUAAAAUCUGGUUUUGAGGCAAAUUUAAGUGUUGGGAAUUCACUUAUUGAUAUGUAUAUGAAAACUGAGUGUGUUGGUGAUGGAAGGAGAGUUUUUGAUGAAAUGGGGUUUAGAAAUUUUGAGUCUUGGAUUGCUUUGUUCACUGGUUAUGUCAAAAAUGGAUUGAAUGAUCUUAUACCUGAUUCGUUUUGUCAAAUGUUUGCUAGUGGGGUAAAGCCUAAUCCUUUGACAUUAGCUACUGUUAUUGGGGCUGUGGCGAAUCGAGGUUUGGUUGAGGAGGGAAGUCAAUUUCAUACAUUGGUAGUAAAGAAUGGCUAUGAGUCAAGUACAUUUGUAUGUAACUCUUUGAUUAAUAUGUAUUCGAAAUCGGGUUUGAUAAAUGAUGCUAGAGUUGUUUUCGAUAGUGUGGAGAAUAAGGAGGCGGUUACUUGGAAUAGUAUGAUUGCAGGGUAUGUUACAAAUGGGCUUGAUCUUGACGCUUUUAAAAUGUUUCAUUGGAUGAGUGUUGUAGGUGAGAAGUUCACACAACCGGCAUUUGCUUCUGUAAUUAAGUCUUGUGCUAAACUUAAGGAAUUGGGUUUUGCUAAGCAACUUCAUUGUUGGGUUUCGAAAAGUGGAUUGGGAUUUGAUCAUAAUAUUAAAACAGCCCUUAUGGUGGCUUAUAGUAAAUGCAGUGAAAUGGAUGAUGCCUUUAAGAUUUUCUCGACGAUGAAAGGUGUUCAGAAUGUGGUAACUUGGACUGCUUUGAUAAGUGGUUACUUGCAGAACGGUGUAACAGAGCGAGCAGUGGAUUUAUUUUGUCGAAUGAGUAGGGACGGUGUGAGGCCGAACCAUUUCACUUAUUCUACAAUCCUUAUGGCUCAUUAUCCGAUGUUUAUACUACAAGUUCAUGGACAAGUUGUGAAAACAAACUAUGAGAUAUCAUCAACUGUUGGAACUUCUUUGUUAGAUGCUUAUGUUAAAAUGGGGAAUGUUAAAGAAGCUGCCAAAGUUUUUGAGCUAAUUGAUGAAAAGGACAUUGUGACAUGGUCAGCAAUGCUAGCUGGGUAUGCUCAAAUGGGUGAAAUGGAUGGAGCUGUACAAAUUUUUCUUCAGUUGGUGAAGGAAGGGAUUAGACCGAACGAGUUCACUUUUUCUAGUGUGAUUCAUGCUUGUGCCGGAACUUUAGCAUCUGCAGAACAAGGUAAACAAUUUCAUGGAUUGACAAUCAAAUCAAGAUUGAAUAAUGCUUUAUGUGUAAGUAGUGCUCUCGUUACCAUGUAUGCAAAGAGAGGAAAUAUCGAGAGCGCUAAUGAAGUUUUCACAAGGCAACGUGAUAGAGACUUGAUUUCUUGGAACUCGAUGAUAUCUGGAUUUGCACAACAUGGUCAAGGGAACAAAGCUCUUCAGAUAUUCGAGGAUAUGCAAAAACAGAAACUCGAAAUGGAUGGUAUAACAUUCAUUGGCGUGAUAUCGGCUUGUACUCAUGCAGGCUUAGUGGAUGAAGGUCAAAGAUACUUUGACAUGAUGAUUAGAGAUCAUCACAUUAAUCCAACAAUGGAGCACUUCUCUUGUAUGGUUGAUCUAUACAGCCGAGCAGGAAUGCUUGAAAAGGCGAUGGAUAUCAUAAACGAAAUGCCAUUCCCUGCAGGUGCAACUGUGUGGCGAACGCUCUUGUCUGCUUGCCAUGUUCGACGCAAUUUAGAGCUAGGAAAAAUUGCUGCAGAAAAGCUCAUUUCGCUUCAACCUGAAGACUCAGCUGCUUAUGUACUGAUGUCCAACAUUUAUGCAGCAUCAGGAAACUGGCAAGAGAGAGCUGUAGUAAGGAAAUUGAUGGAUGAAAGAAAAGUAAAGAAAGAAGCCGGGUAUAGUUGGAUUGAAGUGAGAAACAAAACCUACUCGUUCGUGGCUGGUGAUCUCUCACAUCCUAUGGCAGAGCAAAUCUAUUCAAAGCUUGAAGAACUAAGUAUUCGGUUAAAGGAUAUGGGUUACCAGCCUGACACGAAUUAUGUACUUCAUGAUGUUGAAGAGGAACACAAAGCAGCCAUUCUUUCUCAACACAGUGAAAGGCUAGCGAUCGCUUUUGGCUUAAUUGCUACACCUCCGGGAACUCCCAUCCAGAUUGUUAAAAACCUUAGAGUAUGUGGAGAUUGUCACAAUGUUAUCAAGUUAAUAUCUUUGAUUGAAGAAAGAUAUAUUGUUGUAAGGGAUUCAAACCGCUUUCACCACUUUAAGAACGGUGUUUGCUCUUGCGGGGACUAUUGGUGAUGCUCCAAUCUUACACCAUUCUCUUGUAGAAGGAUGGUAAGUAGGAUGGAAGAUUUUAUGGCUGCAGGACUCCAUGAAGGUCGGUAGGAUUUUAUAAUGGCUGCAAUUGCAGAUGCAUGUGGGCAAGACAUGGAUGUCCCGGAGAUUAUGUUGAAAUCAACAGACCUUCCACCAGUUGAUUCAACUGCAACGGGAGACCAUGCUGCUAAAAUGUUCACUCCUGGUCCUGUAAUAUCGGGCUAAAGAGGAAUACAUAUAAAGAGAAGGCUGCCACUUCGGGUGCUGGUUUAGUGUGUAGAAUUGUUUUGGUUCUACCGAUUUUAGCUGUUGGAUUCCUGUGGAGUAGAAAUAACAUCAUCAUCAUCAUCAUCGUCGUUGUCGUCAUCUUAGAAUCAUCAUCUAGUAUAGUAUGUUAAGAUUGAAAACUCACUUUGAUGUCUUAAUGUAAUCUUGAAGCUCUAUUGCUGCUUCUUGACCAAUCAGAGUAGCGGGGAUGACAAACUGAAAACCGACAUCUUUGAGCACAGGAUCUAUGAGGAUCAUUCCAACUCCACCGCCUUGUUGUACAAACAAGCCCUUUUCUCUUCUGCUAUCGGUGACAGCCUCGAGAGUGCACACCACAAUUUUCCCCUUAAUUAAGUUGCUAUCUAGAGUAUUGUUAUUGCAAAAGCUGAAAGACAAGGCAAAACAAAUCGAGCUUAGAGAAGAAGGGAGCUUUUCGAGCCACUGAAACUAUUAAGGGAGCUUUGGAGACGAAAAAAUACCUGGCGUUCUCACUUGGGAUACCUUUGGCAGCUGCAGCACUCCCAUCGAUCAAGCUGAAAAAGCCGUCCAUCUUCAGUGGAUUUAUAGAUGAACCCUGAAACCACAACAUUCAGUUUUUUCGGUUAACAACAUGUUACUUAGUUCAACAGCUCUGUUUCGACUUUUGAGAAUGCUAAAUUUACCUUUAGAACUCUUGAAUUUCCUAGAUAGACAUUAGUAGGGAACUCUCUAUCGACAGUGCUUGCAGCAACAGUGAAGAUCCAAGGAGCAACAUUGCUAGCAGUGCUAGGAAGACCGGAAUUUCCAGCAGAAGCAGAAACGAAAAUCCCUUUCUGGAAUGCAUGGAAAGUUCCAACAGAGAUGGAAUCUUCAAAAUAAAUCGGCUGAGGAGGAUCAGGACCGAGCGAAAGAGAGACUACAUCAACUCCAUCAUGAAUUACAUCAUCUAGAGCAGCGAGAAUAUCUGCAUCGCUACAUAAAUCAAACCAACAAGCCUUGUAGAUAGCAAGCCUGGCACUUGGAGCACCACCUCUUGCUGUGCCUUUUGCUAUUCCGAAAUAGCUGACAUUGUCAACCACUGAUCCUCCUAUUGUUGAGGCUGUGUGUGAUCCAUGACCAUCACUGUCCCGAGCUGAUCGAAAGAAGGGCUUGCCAAAGGAUUCAAGAGCACCGAAUUCUGCUUCGAAUCCCUUGUAAUAGAACCUAGCUCCUAUGAUUUUCCUACAGUUUCGAUUAUGUAUAUUAUACCUGCAAGUAGUUGAGCCUGCUCGGGUGUAAGCUUGGCCGAGAAACCUUGGAAACUCUUACUGUAAUGGUGAAGUGAUAAAGCUUGUGCUUUCUCAACACUGAAAAAAAUGAUUCAAAAAGCUUCUGAGUUGGGAUGGGAAUGAUGACCCACAUAAACAAUGUAAUGCUGCAAAUGAAACAACAAAAUAUUCAACAACUUUAUGAUCGGUUAAAGACUUAAAUAAAAGCUCAAAUUAUACAUUUCUCGGUCUUUUAGCUAAGACCAAGUGCAGUAUCUGUUCUUAUCAGUUCAAUAUCUGACAUGUAUGUAGCUUGCUAUUAGGAAUUUCGAGUGUUGCCUAUGCAUUGCACUAUUGCAUUGGCCUGGCGCAACCCAACCGAAAAAGAAAAAACAAAUAAAAGCUCGAGUUUUUAUUACCUUAGUGUUUGAAGUAGCUCCAAUCAACAAUGAAAAUCUUAUGAAAAACAGAACAAGGGUAAGAAUUGUUUUGUGAAACUCCAUCAUGUUUGAUAUAAUAUGAUUUGAUAUGAAUGUGUUAUGAUUGAUGCAUUAUUAUGUUUAUAUAGUACAUAACAUUUGUAUGUAAUUAAGUUAAAUGAGUUAUUAUAACAUAAAAAAAAAUCAUAGCCGGCAU